CAUCAGCAUACGUUCUGUAUAGCUUCGUCACAUUAUCUGGCCUUCCUACGAAUAUAAAUACCCCCAUCUUUCCUUCGAUAUGACUUUCUUCUCCAUCCAUUCCACUUCAUCCACUUCUACCUGCUUCAUCCUGCUUCAAUCUACUACAGUUUGCUUCAGUCAGUCUACGUUCGUCUAUCCACUACAAUCAGUCCACUUCAGUCUUACCAAAAUCGUCCACACUCAACCAUCUACUACAAUUAAUCCAUUUCGGUCUUACCAUCUUUAUCCACAUCAAUACAAACAACCAUCACAAUGUUCCGUCGCAUGCUGAACCGUGCCUUUGACUUGGAAGAGACUGUCAGUCUUGGCCCGUAUGCCGUUGUCAGAUUCGGCUUCGGCAAUCGUCUCACUAUGCACACCCAUCGGAUGUUUGUGUUCAUUCCAAUUGUCGGCCUGUUUGACGACAAGGCUCAUCUUCUUGAAGCGUGUAUGGAGAUUGUCAGAGAAGGAGGAGCCCAUUUUACUCACCAUCUUGAAAACGGAAUGGUUGGCGGCGUCUUGCUUGAGUUCGUCGCCGGAGACAACAUGAGUUACGAGGGUUUGAUCAGCCGUACUAUUCGGGAACUUGGUAUCCACUAUCAACGGUACACUGGCGUCCGUGUUGUUUGAAUGCGGGUUAUGUCUUGAUAUUGCCCCUGAUGGAUGGCAUAGUGGAGGAGAAUGGGGAUUUGAACAACAGUUGUUGAAAUCGGUUGCGGAUUACGAAAUUGUCUUGGGGAUUUUUUGAGAGAGAGAGAGGGUGUCGAAUGGGAUAGGGACUUUGAAAACUGAUGGGUGGAAUGGGGAGUUUGAAAUGUCAAUGUUCUGUUUUAUGAUAAGACAUGGAGGGAUGGACCUUGGGGAUACAAAAUUGUCGUUGGAUUUAAUGUGUUAUCAAAUUAGUGAUACAGUAUCAACAAUCAACAAAAUGAG